AUGAGCGACAGAGCCAGUCAAGCAAAAGAUCGCCAGAACUAUGCGCGGAAAAUAGUUGAUCUCGUGAUCGAGUGUCGCAACAAGGUCCCCAGCGACUGUCCCGAGCCGACGCUCAUCCUGUCUGACGAGGCUCUCCGUGCAUAUGUCAGGGGACUCGAGAAGUCAACAUGGGAAAAUAGGACGGAUAUAACAGACUAUCACCAAGUGUGUUCAGAUCUCAUUGAGAGGCUCGAGAUAAUUCGUGACGAUCUUCCCGGCGAGUGGCGAGAGUUCUCAGAGCUACUAAGGGACGCUACAAAGUACCCGGAAGGCAUUACACCCAACACCACUCCCGCUCGUCCGCUGCCACCUCAGACGAACCUUGCCUUAGAAGCUAUCACUGUAGAAUCUGUCCAGAAAGAUAACAACAUUCCCGAGGUUGUCGUCUCGCCACCUGACGGCGCUUCCAUGACCCAGCUGCCUGGCAUAGCCAUGAGCUUUCCAACGGUAUCAGCGGCAGCGAACCCCUUUGUCGGACCCGAUGGUGCGUCCAUCUUCAGCAAGUUUGAUACGGAGACGAAGCCUGCAGACAAGCCUUUCCCGUCCAUUGAAGCCAAAGGACCAGAAAGGAAGCUGGCACCUCUGAAAAAAGGGUUGCGCUCCAGGAAGCCUAAUGACGGAUUGGCGCCUGGCGGUCUUGCUGCAAACCCAAUUCCUGAUACCGCAUCUGCGAAGAUGAUGUCCCCGGCCCCAGCACCAAAGCUUAUCUUCGACUUUGGUGCUUCUGCAACAUCAUUCACAGCUCCUUCAACACUAGAGCCUAGCUUGUCGGCCGAGCCAAAGGAGAAGAGAUUACGACACACUUCGACUCCCUCACCAUCAUCACCAAGUUUCAUCAGCAAAGAUGGUUCCCCUCCCAAGAUCGUUUCGUCACUGGCGGUCUCUCUAGACUCCGUCCCAUCGAAGUCCACAUCCACUCAGACUGAUCUGGCGCCCUCUCCCAACAAGAGUCAGCUGAAGAUGAUCUUGAGCAUUCUGGAAGAGGAGAGGGCUGCGCGUAUCAAGGCUGAUGCGAAAGUCGAGGAGUUGAUGGGGGCCAUGAGCCGCCUACAAGCCAAGGUUGAUCGACUGGUGGAGGAGGCUGAAGCAAGCCGGGCGGAGACAUCAGCUUCAAGCAAGUUAACCGCCAUGCCUCAAGAGCCCGUGAAGCCUACAACGCAGGCUUCGACCUCUGAUUCCCGCAACAAGAACGACCCCGAGGGCGACAAGGUCGUGGCGCCAAAGCGCAAGUCCACGAUCCAGAUCGUGAGGUCCCUCAAGAAGGACUUUGCUCCGGGGACGUCCCAUGUCGUCUUCGAUCAGCUGAAGCACGGGACUUUGCGCAUCUCUGGGCUUUUGAAAGCUCAGCCUGCCAUCCUCCAGGCGCAGAUCGAGAGGGUGCUAUGCGCCUUCAAGGUGCCAGUAUCUCAGCGAAAGAAGCACGCGUCAAUGGUUAUCGAUCUGGCUAAUUUCGGAAAUGGCCUUGCUCGUGGAACAAGUUAUCUUUCUCUUAACACCAAGGUCAAGAACGCAGCUACCACAUUUGCGGAUGAAAAGCUGGCCGGCCAUCUCUUCCACGAAAAGAAUUGGUUGUGCUUCCGCUGCGUUUCUGAGCAGCACGAGUCUAUGCAGGGGUACAUGGGUGGACGUGCGGUAUAG